AUGGAAAUCUCAACAGUUUCUCUCGCUCCUUUCCUCCUUGACCCUCUAUCCGCCGAAUCAAAAUCCGAAUGUCAGAAAGCAGCCGAAUCGCUCAUUCUCACCGGAGCAUUGGUUGUGAGAGAUGAAAGAGCAACCAAGGAAGCGAAUGAUAGAUUUCUGGACUUGUUCGAAGACUAUUUUGAGCAAGGUGAAAGGGAGCUGAAGAGAGAUGAAAGGCCAGAAGUUGGAUUUCAAGUUGGAGUAACAUUGGAAAAUACCGAAAAACCCAAGUGUGCUUCCGAUGAGAAUUGUCAAAAUAUCAUAUCAUCUCUUGACGAAGCUGAGAGACCAGUGGAUCUGGGUAGUCAUGGUGCUGAUCCGAAAUGUAGAUUUUUUCACCGUAUGUCCGAGAAACCCCCUUACACCUCACAUUUUCCUGUACUCGAAGCGCCGAAUGUCGUCCCCGAAAAAUUCAAGGAUACAUGGGAAGAGGGUGUGAACGAAUGGGGUGGAUUUAUGAAACAAGCUGUCGAAGGUGUAGCUAAGAUGGUAGCUUCUGGAUUGGGGUUGGAUGUAAAUACGUUUACAGAUGCUGGUAAAUAUGGCUCACAUCUUCUCGCACCUACUGCAACGGAUUUAGUGAAAUAUGGUGAACUCAAUACCAUAUAUGCAGGGUUUCACACCGAUUUGAACUUCUUGACUAUACAUGGUCAAUCGCGGUAUCCCGGAUUACAUAUAUGGGCAAGGAAUUCCGGUAAGAAGAUACAAGUGAAAAUCCCACCUGGAUGUCUGUUGGUACAAGCUGGAAAACAGAUCGAAUGGUUGACUGGAGGUUUGAUCAAAGCUGGUUAUCACGAGGUAGUCUGCACCCAAGCGACCAUGGAUACUAUUGCCAAGAGGAAAGUAGAGUUCCCUCAAAGACCUCUGAUACGAAUAUCAUCGACCUUUUUCUGGCACCUUACUCCCGAUUUCAAUCUUUCUCCUAUCCCCACGCUGAAAGACGAAGCGGAGAAGCGAUUUGGCAAACAAGAAGACUAUGGUGAGAUGCUGGUGGGUGAUCAAGUGAGACGAGAGCUGGGCUUGAUCGCGUUGAUGGCACCUUCAUGA